AGUGCAAGAACCAAACGAGAAAGAAAAUGGCGGCCACAAAAGCAGCAGUGAUAAAGUUGUCGGUCCUCCUCCUGGCGAUGAGCCAGCUCGUCCACAUGGCGACGCCAACGGCGGAUCCAAUGACUACUGCAUCAUCGUCUCUACUGGUUACGAGCGUCUCCGGCCCUUCCGAGGGGGAAGUCCAUCCUAAACCCAGCCACAUCAGGGAAGAGAAGGUGUUGCUCGAUGCGCCCAAGCCCAGCAUCCCUGUUCCUCCGCCCCCUCCCCACCUCGUCCUACCGUGCAUGGGAAGAGCGUGUGUUGAUCUCACGGCCGGGGAUGAUCAAAGUCAAGUGCAGCUGGAGCUCCAGGUGACCAAAACAAAAAGAAAUAAAAGUCCCUAGCAUCCUCUGUAUUGCAGUACUCGAUCGUUGUGAUCGACUGAUGGAAUAAAAUAAGCGUGAUCUUGUUCGUAUUUCGUUUUGCCUGCAAUGGAUGUUGAAAUUGUGAAAGUGACAGUAGUACUUCA